AUGUAUAGAACAGCCUCCCUGAACAGUUCUGCUCUGAUCCCCUGUGAGCAUCACAAGGUUAACUCAGUUGCCAUAGAGAUUCCUGUCAGUAACUCAGGAGGAGAGCAGCUGACGCUGGAUGUGUACCUGGAAGGAGAGGACCUGACUGGGGCCAGCUGUGUCGAGGUUCCCCCACGAGAAACGUUCACCUACAAAGCUGCAUUCUCUCCUGGCAGAGUGGGGAAGAGCACAGGCAGAUGGACCAGGCUGACCAUUCCCCUGGUUAACCCAACAACUGAGGCUCUGGCCAUGAACGUCACCAACAGUAACCCCAGAAACUACACAGUAGAGAUGGAAUCAGGAAGCACUCUCAUUGUGGAGCCUCAUUCCUCCACCCAGCUCGGUGUCCGUUUUAGUCCUUCAGCCAUCGGAGAGCGAAACCACGAGGCAAAGAUCACUUUCACAUGCCCGGAGUUGCAGGAACUGUGUGUGUUGUUGAGUGGACGUGGCCUUCAGCCAGAGACUGAGAAGCCUCUGAGCAUCUCAUCCAUGAUUCACUCCAAAGCCUCCAUCACCGUUCCCUUUACAAACCCCACUGAUCUCCCAGCCGUGCUCAGCAUCAAGCUCACAGAUGAGGACCCAAGUGGAGCCCCUAACCUCCAUCCUGUCGCUGGCAAGGAGCUCUUCUCCAUACCGCUUAGCCGUACUGAAGGCAUACAGAUCGGUGAAAGAGACACUUUGGAUGUUCCUGUAGAGUUUGCGCCCGACUCUGUGGAGCUCCAGCGGGCGUGGCUGUGCAUCACCAUGACGCCCAUCAGCAGCCUGUGCAACAACAGCAGCUUCAGCACAGACAGCAUUAGUCCAGAGCAGGAACUUUCGACCAUCUGCUGGAUUUACCCUCUCUGUGGGAGGGCCACAGAAGCUCCUGCUGAGAAGUCUUCGCUUGCCGUGGUCGAGUGUGAAGCAGGCUGCCAGCUGCAAAAGAAGGUGGAUGUACUGCUCACUGGAUGUUUGCCAGGAAAUCAGGACCAGAGAGGCCAGGAAGGUCCAUGGAUGCUGACAGAAGACUUCCUGUGUGAGGUGCGUUCACACAGUGAAGAGGAGCACCCUGAGGUGGAGGGCUGCAUUUCCAUCUCCGUGGAGGCAGCUAGGAGGGAUCCUGAGAAUGGCAUCAUAACACUCACCCUUCAUCUCGUCUACACUCCCCUCAGGACAUGCAGGUGUACGGGGGUCCUCGCGGUGCGGUCUGCGUCUGGCCAGCUCUGGGAGUUCCCCAUCACUCUCAUUGCAACCAAGCCUCAGGUGGAUGACGUCAUCCUCACUGAAACCACGACGCUGGGCGUGACUUCAGCCGUGGGCUUCCGUCUCACCAGCACCAUCAGGAGGCCCACGGCGUUCACAGCAGCGUUCCUGCCGGGCAGCAGCAGUGAGUUCACCGUGAAUCCAGUCACAGGGAUUUUACCUCCUGUUGAUUCCACUGGAUUACUCUUGACCGUGUCCUUCACACCCACCAUGAACUGCAAGAGGCACAGAGCAAGACUGGCCAUCCAGACAGCAGACAUGCGGUGGACUUAUGAGGUGAGAGGGAGGACCCCCGGUGACUGCCCGCCCCUCUGCAACACAUCCACCAGCUCUUCUGUGUUCGCUCCAUCCACAGAAUGUCUGCAGAACUUCGUGGUCCAGAACCUUCGGCUUCCCUCCCUGGAUAACUCGUCCCCUCUCAAAGUCCACAGAUAA